AUGGGGAAAUUGAUCAGGAUGGGAGUGCAGGAAAGGCGGUUACUUCGGCCAAAACGGCUUCGUUGUAGUCGCUUCCUCUUCCUGUUGGGAAUAUUGAUCAUUGGUUCCACCUAUCAGCACCUGAGGAGCCCCCAGGGCCUCCCAACACUGUGGGCAGCGGUCUCUUCUGAACACCCUGUGAAACUUGCCAGCCGGGACCUCCUCAACAAUGAGAUGAUGACCGUGAGCAGUGACCCUCCAAAAGCUAGCUCUGAAAUAGAAGGUGAGACACAGGUGCCCCAAGCCACAGUGGACAGGAAUGAAGCAACAUCUGGCAUAACAAUGGAAAACAUCCCCAAUACGCCCAGAACAACAGCCGACAUCUCUCCAACAAUACCUGAGAAUAACUACAGCCCAACAGCAGCAGGCACAGAAAGAAUGAAGGAAAACACCCCAACCACACCCAGUGGAAGACAGAAUCACUACACCCCAACUUUAAGCAGAUCAACAGUAAAGAAUUAUACCCCAGUAACAUCCAGGGGAGAAAUGAAGAGCUACCACCCAACUCAAGCCAGAGGCAAGGUGAAGAAAUACACUCCAUCCUUACCUGGUAGAAUAGUAAACGAUUAUGCCUCAUCCACACUCAUGACACUGACAAGGAGCCAUGGGAUCAUCCCUAGAACAACAGUGAAAGAGAGUGAAACUAUGGCGACUUACAAAACAUUGGAGACCAACCCCUCCAAGGGAAUAGUGGAAGAAACCACUCCAACUACUCUCAAAGAAAUUGAUAACACCCCACCUUUCCUGAUAAAUGAUAUAGAAACAAACAUCUUAACUUCUCAAAGUAUGGUGGAAAAGAACACCCUGACUACCCCCAGAAGAGUGGAUGAUAACAGCUCAACCAACCCUCAGGGAUUAAUGGGAAAGAACAACUUCACAACUUCCCAGGAAAAGGUCCUGGAGCACACCACAGCCAUCUCUGAGGGGCAGGUGACAACUAGCACCUUGUCAGGCAGCAGCCCAGCAGAAACCAAAGCUUCUACUGCUGCUUGGAGGGUUAGGAAUCCCUCAUCCAGAACCAGUACACCAACCACUGGAAUAUCCUUGGCCACACUCCGGGGGCUGGCAAAGAAACCAUCCACAGGACCCAGCACUUCAGCAACCCCCAGCAUCAGGGAAAAUCCGACCACUCAGGUCCGUCACUGUAUUGUUGUGGAGCCAGCCCCAGCCAUGCCUACUGCCCCCUCCUCCAGCCUGACAACGGCCCUGCUCCCAGAGGUGCCCAGUCCCAGUUUCUCAGCACUGCCCCCCAGCCGACCAGACCACCACUCCAAGGCAGAGUACCCCCCAGACCUGUUCAGUGUGGAGCAGCGGCAACAGGGCUGGGUACUCCUGCACAUCUUUGGCAUGAUGUAUGUGUUUGUGGCCUUGGCCAUUGUGUGUGAUGAGUACUUCGUCCCAGCCCUGGGUGUCAUCACGGACAAGCUGCAGAUCUCUGAGGAUGUGGCAGGCGCCACGUUCAUGGCUGCUGGAGGUUCUGCCCCUGAGCUGUUCACCUCCCUCAUUGGCGUCUUCAUCUCCCACAGCAAUGUGGGCAUCGGCACCAUUGUGGGCUCUGCUGUGUUCAACAUCCUCUUUGUCAUCGGCACCUGUGCCCUCUUCUCCAGAGAGAUCCUCAACCUUACCUGGUGGCCCUUGUUCCGUGAUGUCUCCUUCUACAUCCUUGACCUGAUGAUGCUCAUUCUCUUCUUCCUGGACAGCCUCAUUGUCUGGUGGGAAAGCCUGCUGCUGCUGCUGGCCUAUGCCUUCUAUGUGUUCACCAUGAAGUGGAACAAGAAGCUCGAGCUCUGGGUGAAAGAGCAGCUCAGCAAGUGGCCAGCGGCCAAGGUCAUGGCCGUAGGGGACCUCAACAAGCCAGGUGAUGGGGCAGUUGCGGUAGAUGAGCUACAGGAUAACAAGAAGCUAAAGCUCCCGUCCGUGCUGACCCGAGGGAGUAGCUCAGCCUCUCUGCACAACAGCACCAUCCGCAGCUCCUUCUACUGGCUCAUGCUCCACAGCCUGGACCCUCUGGGGGAAGCCCACUCCUCCAGGAACAAGGAUGAGGAGAGCUUGAAUCAAGAGGCCAAAGUCAAGCCUCAGGCCAAAGCGGAGAGCAAACCAGAAGAGGAGGAGCCAGCCAAGCUCCCUGCGGUCACGGUCACACCAGCCCCUGCUCCAGACGUCAAGGGAGAUCAGGAGAAGGAUCCUGGCUAUCAGGAAGGAAAUGUGGCUGGAGUUGGGAGCACAGGUGAAAUAACUGAUGAAGAGGCUAACGCUCCUGGUGAAGGCAAAAAUGGACAGCAAAGUGAAAGUGAAACUCAACUAGAAGGUAAAGGUGAAAGUGAAGCAGAAAGAGGAGACGAUGAAGGGGAAGGUGAAACUGAAGCAGAAGGAAAAGGAAAUGAAGAAGGAAAAGGAAAUGAAGGUGAACUCCAAACAGAUGAUGGUGAAAUGAAAGGUGAUAAAGGUGAAACUGAGGAGCAGGAAUUCAAUACUGAAAAUCAAGGUGAAGCCCAAAGUGAUGAGGAAGGUACAGAUGGUGAAGGGGGUGGUGAUGGAGGUGACGGUGAAGACGAGAAGGACAGUGACGGUGAAGAUGAGGAAGAGGAGGAGGAUGAGGAUGAGGAUGAUGAGGAUGAAGACGAGGAGGAGGAAGAGGAAGAGGAAGAAAAUGAGGAGCCUUUGUCCCUGGAGUGGCCUGAGACCAGGCAGAAGCAGGCCAUCUACCUCUUCCUCCUGCCCAUCGUGUUCCCGCUGUGGCUGACGGUGCCCGACGUACGGAGGCUGGAGUCUAGGAAGUUUUUUGUUAUCACCUUCCUGGGAUCCAUCAUAUGGAUAGCCAUGUUCUCAUACCUCAUGGUGUGGUGGGCUCACCAGGUUGGCGAAACAAUAGGGAUUUCUGAAGAGAUUAUGGGCUUGACCAUCCUAGCAGCAGGCACAUCAAUUCCUGACCUCAUCACCAGUGUGAUUGUUGCUCGGAAAGGCCUGGGAGACAUGGCCGUGUCAAGCUCUGUGGGCAGUAACAUAUUUGAUAUCACCGUGGGUCUGCCUGUUCCUUGGUUCCUGUUCUCUCUUAUCAAUGGACUACAGCCUGUUCCAGUCAGCAGCAAUGGCUUGUUUUGUGCAAUCGUUUUGCUUUUUCUCAUGCUCCUGUUUGUGAUCUCUUCAAUUGCAUCAUGCAAAUGGAGAAUGAACAAGAUCCUGGGCUUCACAAUGUUCCUCCUUUACUUUGUCUUCCUAAUAAUCAGUGUGCUGUUAGAAGAUCGAAUCAUAUCCUGUCCUGUAUCUGUCUGACUCACUGUUGUUUAAAAUGGACAUGGAUCAGAAAACCAUGCCAGAAGUCACCGUAUCUCUUGUUACAUUAAUGAAAGAUGAACAUGAUCCAAGAGAGUGAACUGAGAGGCUGAGAGCCAGAUGCAAAUGUGAUACGGGAGUGAAAUUUAUUGUUGGAAACACAUGCAAGCUCAUUGUGGAUUAAGACUCUCACCUCUGAAGGUGUGGAGUUCCUACUCCUUGACUGAUACAGACACUAUCACAUGGAGACCAGUAGAAGGACCCCUAGAUUCAGAGGUUUUUUUACAUGAAGAUAAUUGGGGGUGAGGGUUGAGACAGGCACAGUAGCAAUAACACGAGCUCCCAUGCUCACAGUUCCCUGCUCACUCCAGGGCCGCUGAUCCACAGGAUGCAGAUGUGGUCUGUAUCGGACCCUCCUGGCCCCUGCCCCAAGCACAUACUCCAAUUUGCUGUCUUCUCUGUUUCUGUUCUAGAAGGUUUGUAAUCAUUACCGGUUCAGUUAUUGGUGAGUUUAAGGAGCUAAGGUUAUAGGAAAAAAUGAAGUAUAACAGGAAUCGAUUAUCAUUAGUAAGAUGUGUACUAAUAUUUUACAGCUUAAGAGGACAUUAGCUCUUGUUGCAUUUCUGAAAAAUGAAAUUAAAAUAAGUAGCCCGAGAAAUAAAAAUUAUAAUUUGCCCUUGAAUUUGGGAGGCAUAGAUAUUAGGGAAGGAAAACUAGGGGCUAUUUAAAAAUAUGUACUUAUUAGAAAAUCCAAGUUAGUAUUGUCUCCAUCAAAUGGUCAACUUGAGUGAUUAGACAUUUUAACCCAGCUAUACUGGCUCUCCCCCUCCAGCAUAUUCUCACCCAACAGUGACAGCUGCUCAUAUUGAGAAGGGAAGUAAUUUUAAAAAGAGACCAAAGUCAGUAGAGCCAAGUCAGAUUUAUAAAGUAAGAAAUCCAGUGGGGCAAUGCUAUUUUUGUAUGUUAACCUAGACAGGAUUAUAAAGCAAAAAGAUUGAUUUCUUAUGCGGCUUACAUGUGGAUUUUAAAGCAAUUACAAAGGAGGAAUUCCAAAAAUGCUUAUUAGCAUGAUGGCAACAUGAUGAGAAAAACGUAUUACUACUUCCAAAGUAGCUAGUGUAAAGGACACUUGUGUUUUAAAAAAUUGUGUGGUUAUUUAAACAUUUCAUAUGGAAUUUGAAGUGCUGUAUAUUAAAUACCACUGCUUGCUGCUUUUACUAGCAUCAGGGCACACAUUAGAAACGAAACAGUUCCAUGUCCCUAGUUUCAGAGCAAAAGGAGCUAAAGGUAACUAUUAUAAUGGUAAAUAUGGCUUCAUUUACAAACACGAGAGGGGAUUCACCAAAGACCAGAAGAUAGCAGGACAGAUGUGAUGUGAAAAAAAUUAAACAUUCUGGUGUUUGAAGGGCUGUGUUCAAAGUACUUCAGUCCAUAAUCCACCUCUUAAGAUGGGUUGGUUAAUUUAAUGGCCUCACUGCCCCAGGAUUCACAUUCUUUGGAAAUAACUUUUAUUAAAUUUCAAUAAAUUGUGAGUCCCUAUGGUAUUUUAUUUUACAAACAUAGAUGGGUUCAUCUCUAUCUUUAGGUCAUUUGGUCAGAACGCUCAAAAGAAGAUUGAUUAAGAAUAUGGAAUCAUGUUGAAAUUUCUUAAAUUAGAUAUCUUUUUUCCUGAUGCUGCUGCACUGCCCAGAUGCCAUCUGCCAUGGCUUAAGAACAGGAGGAGGGAGUAAUACCUGUGGAAGGGAGAUCCCAAUGCCAAGACUCUGGGCGCCAACCUGGUAUCUGCAGCCAAUUCCAGCUAACCUUGGGGAAGUCACCUCCUCACUGACAGCCUGGGAUCUGACACUCCCCCGGAAUGACUGAGUGAGGAAUGACUGACAGUGAAACAUUCCGUAAUGAUAAAGCACCGAAGAGCCAUUUCAUAAUUAAAAUGAACUCGAACGAUCCAACAACUUUUCCUAAUCAAUUUGCUGAAUUUCUGGCAUUUCUCUUUGCCUAAAAAAGGAAGUUCUGAUCACUUUACAGAAAAGGUCAAGUACAUAAAAUGAAAGCUGUGUCUUGAUGGAUAAGUAGGGAUUCAAGAAGAGGGAGAAAAAGAUUUCAGGGAGAUGGAAAACCUUAUAUAACUUAUGAAAGAUAAUUUGGUAUGCUUGGAAACUAAAAUUUGUCAUACAUUUAGAAAUCUAUAAUUUAUUAAACAUUUAUUAAAAUGUUUUAGAGGUAAAGCGCUAUCUUAAAAUGUCAAGAUAAUGGUGAGAUGGUCCUCUCAUUUGAUAGGCAAAAUGAUCUGUAGAGCUAUAUGGGACAAAUUCUAGGUCAUCCAUUCAGCCUAGAAAUUCUGAACUGUCUCAUGUGGGUGUCUGAAUUGGAAGACAGUGGCUUCACAGAUGACGACUUCAUCACUCCUGAGUUUGCAUAUUCUUGAUGGCCCUGGUAAUAAGUUUGGGUCCAAUUUCUAAAAAUGUGAAACUCUUCCUAAUUUAAUGGGUUAAUAUUUUAUAUAUAGUACCAGAAAAAAGGCUGCAUUCCAAACUUAUGAAAAUUGGUAUAUGUUUAAAUGAUUAUUAUAUAUUGUGAACAUUAAAUUGCACUCCCAUUAA